AUGGAGGUACAGCGUCGUGUGCGGAAGGAGGCAACAGUACUCUUUGUACUAGUGAAGAUGAGUACUUUGUGUACUCGUCCGAGUACCCUAGAGUUCCAAGCUGUGAAUCGUGAUAAAACACUGCGUGCUAUGGAAGAAGAAAACGGAGGUUUGCAGCCAUCGAAGAACACGGUAGAUGGUUCGAAGGUAUUCGAUAGUAAAAAUGUGAAGUUGAAGAAUGUCGAAGGCGGUUUGAAUAAAUCUGAAGGGGAAAGCAUCAAGAAGCAUAUCAAUGUAGAAGAGAUGAACAAGCAGCAGUUGCAGACAUUGGUUGGAAAGGAGAAGACAAGACGGUUAGCCGAACGGUACGGUAGGCAUGAGGAUCGAAGUAAAGAACUUGAGGAAGAACUUAUGAUGAAGCAUUCUUUGCUCGUAGAGGCACAACAAAGGAAUCUUGAGCUUGAGGCAGCUCUCGUGGAUACCAAAGCACAGGUAGAAGAGAUCUACAAGCAGCAGACUCAGACAUUGGCUGAAAAGGAGAAGACAAGACGGUUAGCCGAACGGUACGGUAGGCAUGAGGAUCGAAGUAAAGAACUUGAGGAAAAACUUAUGAUGAAGCAUUCUUUGCUCGUAGAGGCACAGCAAAGGAAUCUUGAGCUUGAGGCAGCUCUCGUGGAUACCAAAGCACAGAUAGAAAAGAUGAAGCUACAGUUGGGCGGGAGGAAGGACGCACAUUCACUGGCACGUACAUCAGGCUGUCCCAAGGAUUCAUAUGACGAAACAUCCAUUGCCGAGUCAUGUGGACUCCAGCCUUCGAUAUCGACGUCUGCAAAUGGACGCUCAUCACAAAUUACUCAGGUGUGGCUACAAAGCGGGAAGACAGAGGUAGAGAAUCGCCAGUGCUUGGGAGACACGGCUGCCUCAGCCGUUAGCGUCAACGAUGUUGCAGACAAGGAGGAAGAUCUCCCAUUGGUUUCCCAGAAACUUAGACCAGAGACGAGAAAGGAUGGAAUACGCCUGGCUGAGCGGAUAAAGGCCUCUGCGAUCCUGGUCCGGAAGGGAACUAAAGGAAAUCUUGCAGUCUAUGGACUGCGGGGAACCGCAAACUUGGUAGAGAGAAGGGUUGAAAUGGCAAAAUACAACGUCGGAAUUCUUUUUGGAACAUGAGGGUGUGGGAAAUAUUGAGGACUUGUUCGAAGAAUAAAGCC